AUGAACUUGCGUCGUAAUACUCUUGAUUUUUACCCAACCAUUCAAACGCAUAGUUUUUGGUAUAAUGUAUCACCAAUUACAUAUAUACAGUUACGAUGCAGUUUCAUUCACUAUAGUUGCAUAUGUAAUAAUCUUGGUUUUUUGUUUGAUAGUGCACAAAUGACAGCUUAUAAUGUAUUAUAUAUAAAGAGCUAUGAAAACAAGAAGUGCUCUCUCGAUGUUCUGAACUGUGUCAAUCAUAUUCAGAAAUCAUUAGAUCGUGAGAUGGCUCUUAAAGGUCCUAGUUAUUUAGCUGGAUUAUUUCGUCUAACUCCUCAAAUACAGUCAGGGGUUUUUGAAGCCAAACAACCAAAACCGAAAACAUCUUACGAGUCAAUACAACACAACGAAAGUCAAACGACCUUUUAUCGUAGUAUUCCGUCCAUAUCUGAUGACCCGAAUUCCCAAGAAUCCUUACAAAUAACUUCUCCUGAGGUCAAUGAAAAGAUUCCAUUAUGUAUUAUUGCACCAAUUGAUAGAAAUUUACUAUGUGCUAAAACAAUGAAAUCUGAAUAUCAUCAUCAGCAAGCAUCAACAUCUCAUUCUACAUAUGAGAAUAGAGAUUAUACAAAUAGUUGUCGUUCUUUAUUAUCAAUAUCUAGUAACAGAGAAAUUAGCAAUAUUGCACCAUCCGUUUUAAAGACACGAAAACACAAGUUGUUAGUUGAAUAUCAAGAAGCGUUAGAACCAAUAACUUCUAUUGAUAUCCCAUUGGAAUAUGAAGAGAAACUUAUUUCUUUAUUGAAAUAA